AUGGCGGCGGCGUCCGCUCCUCCAAAUCUCUGUGUCCCCCCAGUUCUCCACUCGUUGCAGUACCAGGAAGUGGCACAGUCAGAGCCCAGCCCAGGGGUCCCCCAGUCCUUGGCUGUGGGGGACAUGGAUGGGACACCCUGUGAGCGCUGGGACAGCGAGCGGGGCUGGCUUGGGCUGCAGAGAGCGGGGAUGGCAGCGGGAGCUGAGCCAGGAUAUUGGGAUGAAUCCAGGGAGCUGCAAGGGUCUCUGUGGGGCUGGGACACGACUCCAUGGGUCUGUUCUGUCCUCGUUCUCAGGUCUCCACAUGGUUCACGUGGUUUCCAGCUGCACCCUCCUGUCCAAGGGAGUGUCCAUGGAUCCCACCAGUACAGGUACAAUGGGUGGGAUUUCAUCUCCUUCCAGCUGGGAUCCGGGAGCUUUGCAGUGUCCGACGGUGCCACCUGGAUCACCCAGAGGUGCUGGGAAUGCAAAGGGAUCGUGGUGGAGCAGAUGAAGCAUUAGCUGGGACAUACCUGUGUGGAAGAGCUCCCAAAAUACAUCAGCUGUGGUCAGGAGGCUCUGGAGCACCAAGGUGGGUGUGGGAGGGGGGAGAGAAUUCCUCUGGGAGUGUGGAAUUCAGGAAGGGGUCUUGGGAAUGCAGAAAUUGCCAUGGAAUUUCCAUGGCCAGAUCUCACUCUCAUCCCAGUCAGGUGAGAAUUCCAUGGAUGGACACCCCCAACCCACUGCCAUGGGAAUUCCACUGGGAAAUGAUUUGAAUUGAUGACCAAUCAAAUGCCAGCAGUUGUCUAAUUAGCAAAUUUGCACUGUUUAAACAAAUCUUUGGGUGGCUUUAACUAAAGCAUCAGGCUUAGACAACAUCUGUUUUUCCUAUACAUCCCUAGGAAAGACAUUUUUCACCUGUUUAGUUUGCAUGCCAGUAGAUGCUUGGCCAGUUCCAGUCACCUUCCCCAGGCAUCUUCUGAUCCUGAAGAAUUAGACAUCCAUGGCUCUGUAAACAUCACCUUUUGUGCCAAAUGUAGCUAUAGAGAGAGAAAUCAAUCUUCAGUCAAGGAUGUUUCUCCCUAG